GCCAGCCACAGAACCUGUAUAGAACACAAGUGUCUCGGAUUAAAGGGAUAUUAUGGUAACCUUACCUAGCAGGAGCACAGGUGCAGUCAUUACUCACUGACAAGUGAAAAGAGCCACAGGUGGAGCUAAUUAUUUCACUGGGGGUUCUGUGAGGAGACCUAGAAAACAUGCACUGUGGUCUGCAGUCCUGAGUUUGAUAACCUGUGGGUCAGGGUCACCUGGCAGCAGCCCCCCUGUGCGUUCUGCGGGCGUAAUGUGAUGCUGGAGGCGUCUGUGAGACGCAGUGUAGUGCAUAGUGUUCAUACUGAAUAUCGCUUGACGUUCUCCUGUCCUGCUCCUCUUUACUUUCCAUUUCAAGAACAUUAAAGACUUGUUUUGUUACCAUGGAAACACAAAUAAGCUGAUGACAUCCGCAGCCGUCGCCGUCCGAUUGGCUGAUUAUUGUUUCUCUAAUGAUGUCAUGGUUGCACCUUGGCCCUGGUUUUGCACCCUCACAAGUGUGACCUCACAGACGCCGGAAGAAGUGGUACCUGGCAGAGCCAGCACAUAAAGCUGAAGGAGCAGCCGCGGCGCGUGCUUCACCCAGGGACAGUCACAUCAGAUGAGUCUGCAGAACAAAGCCCAGAUUGCGGAAAUUGAAAGGAACUGAAGGCCAUCAGAUUGCCAGGAAGCCCAUUUGUUUCCGGCCCUCCUAACGGCAGAGAUCUCCUCUAUAUGCCCCUGCUGCUCCCCACCAUGAAUUUCCGUAGCCACCGGCUCCUGAGACGCACUCCACCGCCCCCGGCUAUUUCUACCAAACAGACCGCUGUAGGUGGAACUUCUUCCAGUACUGGACUGUCCGGCCUAGGGAGCAUCGCCCAGAUUAGCCCCUGUCUGUACCUCUCCAGCGGUAACGCUGCAGGCAGUCGGCAGCUGGUGUAUGCCCGCAACGUCACCUGCAUUGUGAACGCCACCCUGGAGAUCCCCAACUCCAACUGGCCGGAUGUAGACUACGUCAAGGUGCCUGUGCCAGACCUACCCCAUGCACCCCUGGCACUGUACUUUGACUCUGUGGCAGACCGCAUCCACCAGAACGGAAAGAGGAACGGUAGGACGCUGGUCCACUGUGUGGCGGGAGUAAGCCGUUCCGCCACCCUCUGCAUCGCUUACCUGAUGAAGUAUCAUCGCCUCUCUCUGCUGGAUGCCCACCAGUGGGUCAAAACCAGGAGGCCGGUGGUACGGCCGAAUGCCGGAUUUUGGCAGCAGCUGAUCCAGUACGAGAAAAAGCUCUUUGGCAAAAACACCGUGAGGUUGGUGCCAUCUCCUUUAGGACUCAUCCCGGAUAUAUACGAGAGAGAAACCCGUAACCUGAUCCCCGUUUGGGGCUUCAGAUAAGAUAUCCUCUCUAAACUGGACUAAAGACCUGAGCUGGUGCUUAAAAGACACUCAACCCUCCGCCCCCUUCACCCCAACAGGAGGGCGAAGACCGGGAUUAUUUACCACCCUGGUAACAUGACCGCAUCAAUAAACGGCACACGGAAUGCUAGAAAAUA